AUAAAGUAAGAUAAAAACAAAUUUGAGAGCCCUAGCUAGGUCUUCUUCCUCCUCCUCCUCCUCCAUCUAUCCAUCGCAGUCGAAGCGCAGUGAACGGCACCGACCUUAACCUCCAAACCCUACCGGCAUCGUAAUCGUUACCGGAAUAUUUAUGGGGAAAAAGAAGAAGAGAGUUGCUUCGAAGGUUUGGUGUUAUUACUGCGAUCGCGAAUUCGACGAUGAGAAGAUCUUGGUUCAGCAUCAGAAGGCUAAGCACUUCAAGUGUCAUGUAUGUCAUAAGAAGCUCUCUACAGCUGGUGGCAUGUCCAUUCACGUUCUCCAGGUUCACAAGGAAAACGUCACUAGGGUGCCAAAUGCGAAACCCGGUAGAGAGAGCACAGAUAUUGAAAUAUAUGGAAUGCAAGGGAUUCCGCCAGAUGUGUUGGCUGCUCAUUAUGGAGAUGAAGAUGAUGAUGUUCCAUCAAAGACAGCCAAGAUAGAUAUCCCAUCAUCCCCAUUUUUAGGUGGAAUGGUGCCACCUCAUAUGGGUACCGGAUAUCCUCCUCGAUCAACCUUGGGCACACUUCCACCAGUUUAUAAUCCUGCUGUACCACUGCCUCCUAAUGCCUGGGGAAUGGUUCCACCUCGACCUCAGCCCUGGUUUCCCCAGCCUCCAUCUGCUUCAAUUCCUCCUCCUGUUCCAUACGCCCAGCAACCAUUAUUUCCUGUGCAGAAUGUGAGGCCUCCAUUGCCUUCAACUACUUCUCCUGCACUUCAAACUCAGAUCACUCCUCCUGGACUUCCUACAUCUACACCUUCUGUCCCAGUAUCACAGCCUUUAUUUCCUGUUGUUGGAAAUAACCACACGACAACUCAAAGCUCACCAUUUUCUGCUGCACCUCUGUCUUCAAGUAUAUCAUCAGUUACUCAAGUGCUUUCUUCAAAUGUCCCUGUUGAUGCACAUUUGGGUAUCAACUCUUCUGUGACAAAUAGUUAUCAACCAAUAGGGCUUCCAGGUGGGACAGCAAGUAACUCGCAUUCUUAUGCUUCUGGCCCAAAUACCGGUGGUCCUUCAAUUGGACCUCCCCCAGUAAUCUCAAACAAAGCUCCUGCUUCUCAGCCUGCGACUAAUGAAGUUUACUUAGUUUGGGAUGAUGAGGCUAUGUCCAUGGAGGAAAGAAGAAUGUCUUUAUCAAAAUAUCAGGUGCAUGAUGAAAGUAGCCAGGUAAGUCAUACUACCUCUGUAAUACAUGGAGUUGCUUUCACAUCUAACCAGAUGAGUAGGCUUUAUUCUUUCUGUUUUCAGAUUCAGUUGUUUACACAUAUUUAAUGAGGUACAUUCUGUAUAGAUUUCCAACCAUCAUUUAAAAAAAAAGUAACAAAAUUAUCCUUUUAAUCCUCCCCCUUGCUUCCCACCUAGACGGGUAUUAUUUUUUAAAAAAUGGCCAUUGCGGCUACAAGCUAUGCUUCCAAAUUUGUGGGCAUAUAAACUAUAAAGAUUCAAGUAGCUAUUCUACUAAUUCCUUUUAGUAGUUAAUUAUUAUAAGUAUAACAACAUAAUUUGUGAAGCUUGCUGCAAACAAUCAACUUCGUGAUCCUUCAUCCCAGCAUUUGUACACGAUAAAAGAGUAUGUAUAUGUGAUUUUUGUUGGGUUUGGUUUUACCAAUGUUAUUCUUUUUCCCCUUGCUUGAUCCCAAAGUUUUGGGUUUUGGGUGGAGCAUGAUCUUGCCCAUUCGUAGCAUCAUUACAAUUUAUUUUAUGGAACAAGUGAAUUCAGACUUGGCCCAGGUCAGCUUCUUUCGCAGAGUUUGGAUCUCUUGCAUAGGACCAUGCUCUAAAAUAUUUGUUUGCUGUUGUAAUGUGGUGUACGAUUAUUUGUUCAUCACUAUUAUUAUGUUUAUCUUGCAGAUGAGCUCCAUUGAUGCAGCCAUAGAUAAGAGGAUACUUGAGAGCCGACUGGCUGGUCGUAUGGCAUUUUAGGUCAAUCUCAUCGAUGUACACUCUGUCAAAUUCCUUCAACGAUAUGGUGGGCUGAAAACGGUAUUUUAUUAAGCUUCUGACAGCCAGUGUUCAACAUUCCUUUAAUUGGUGAAGUAACCUUGUUAUUGAUGUGCCAUUCUUUGCUAAAAUUGGCAAUAAGCCUGUCCGUCAUAUUUGAAUCAAAGGAAGAAGGUUGCAAUGGUUUUGAAAUGCUCAUCUGACAAUAUUUGCGCGCAUGGGAAGUUGCAGAACUUUGUUUGUUUCUCUCAUUUCCUACUUUUUCCCUUUGAUAUUUGUAUUCAAACUUUAGGACAUAUAUAUACUUUAGUACCAUUUGGUGUAAUCUACAUUACAUGUCUUGUUUUUUUUAGGAAAAAUGGCUGCAUUUCAUGGUACUUU